GACAGCGGCGGCCAGGCAGGCAGGGAGUACGGAGCAGUGUGAGGUGGACAGCCGCGUUCUUCCUCCCCGUGUGGUAGUGAUUUCAUGUGGAAGUAGGAGAAAGCGAUUGAGAAAAGCAGCCAACUGGUCCUCUGAAACGGAAUUUAUUUAUUGUCUCCCCGCAGAAUGUGCACCCCGUGUUGUAUCUCGCAGCUGGCCUGCUGCUGCGGCUCAGCAGCCUGCUCGUGCUGCUGUAACUGCUGCCCCAAGAUCAAACAGUCCACGGGGACCCGAUUCAUGUACGCCCUCUACUUCCUGUUGGUCACCAUCAUCUGUGUCAUCAUGAUGUCCCCCACUGUGGAGCAGGAGUUGAGAGACAAUAUCCCCUUCUACGGCAAAUUGUGUGAGAAACACAGUUUCUGCAAAACUAUGGUUGGCUACUCCGCUGUCUACAAAAUGUGCUUUGGCAUGGCCUGCUUCUUCUUAUUCUUCGCUCUCUUCACCAUACGAGUCAACAACAGCACGGGCUGCAGGGCGGCCAUACAUAACGGGUUCUGGUUGCUGAAGUUUAUUGUGCUGGUGGCGUGCUGCGUUGGAGGUUUCUUCCUGCCAGAGGAGAAAACAUUUCUGGAAGUGUGGCGCUACAUAGGAGCCUUUGGUGGGUUCAUUUUCCUGCUGAUCCAGCUCAUGCUGUUGGUGGAGUUUGCACACAGAUGGAACACAAACUGGAGUUCAGGAGUAAAAUAUAACCGGGCGUGGUAUGCUGCUCUGGCCUUUGUGACCCUGGUGCUGUUCAGUGUUGCAGUAGGAGCUGUGGUCUUCAUGGCUGUAUACUACACCCACCCUGAGGCCUGUUUACUGAACAAAAUCUUCCUGGGCAUCAAUGGCAGCCUCUGCCUCAUCAUCUCCAUGCUGGCCAUCUCCCCAUGCAUACAGAAACUGCAACCCACAUCAGGCCUGUUGCAGCCAGCAGUCAUCAGUGUGUACGUCAUGUAUCUCACCUUCUCAGCCUUCUCCAGCAAACCAAAAGAAAUUCUGGAGAGAGAUGGUGUGAACACAACCGUGUGUGUGUUCCCCUUCAACUCUGGGACGGAGAGCGACAAGAAGAUUGUCACCAUUGUGGGAACCGUUAUCCUGUUUGGCUGUGUCCUUUACUCUUGCUUGACGUCCACCACCAGGCGAAGCUCUGCAGCGCUCAGGGUGUGUAGGAACAGUGAGCCAGAGACUGAGAGAGCUCGUUGCUGUUUCUGUUUUGGAGAUGACACAGAUGACUAUGACGAGGAGAAGACUGGUGGGGGGCAGAAUGUUGUGUAUGAUGAGAGAGAGGGAACUAUUUAUAGCUACUCCUACUUCCACUUUGUCUUCUUCCUGGGCUCCCUUUAUGUCAUGAUGACCGUCACCAACUGGUUUCAUUACGAUGACCAUAAGAUUGAGAAGCUGUUGGAGGGGAGCUGGUCAGUGUUCUGGAUCAAGAUGGCCUCCUGCUGGGUCUGUCUCAUCUUCUACUUCUGGACCCUCAUUGCUCCUAUGGUCUGCCCAAAGCGUUUUGAGGCCUAGGAUGCACAUCACUUCACUAGGAUCAGGCUGCUCUGAUUCUUGGGAUGUAGGUAGGCAGAAGCUGGCACGCCGAGCCAAGGGACCACCACAACCCCCCCUUUACAUUAAAACACAGCCCGACACUACACUCAGCGUUGGAAAUGGAGAAUUAUCUGUUGCCUUUUGUUUUAUAUGCUAGUGUUUGUUUUACGUUUUUUGACAAUGUUAAGCUGUUAAUACCUUGAUGGUAAUUUUUUUUUAUUCUUUACUACCACUGAUUCCUGGAGUUUUGUAUGACUUACAGGUGUGAAAUUACAGAGAGAAUCAUGGGAGGUGAAUUACAUUGUGAAGCAUCCAGUCCCUGUAGAUUCACUGGUAAUGUCAGACUUGAAAGUGUAUUUUGUAAGUGUUUCCUUUGUGUGUCAGUUUUUCUCGGAUUCUCGCUUUUACUCUCAGCCAGGCAUUUCAGUUCUGUACAGUUGGACCAUAAAGUUGUAGCAAAGUUUUAGGACAAAUCUAUUUCAAGUUAAGAGAUGUUACAAGAGAACCUGUAUUUAUUCAAGUGUGUCUUAAGAAAAUGAAAGAAGGAAUGUGGUGCCAGUUGAAUUAGAUUUGGCCCUGACUCUGUUUAAAAACUCAUCUCUCAGGCUCACAUGUAAGCUGUAUAUGAUUAUGCUUUGUUAUAUUGUCCCCUUUUGUAGAAGUUUUCUAUGCAAAGGAGCAAGCUCUUUUCAAUAUUAGAUAUCACAGUGUUGUGAAGUUUCCAUAUAGAUCACAAGGAUAAAGUUUCAGAUUUUAUUAAUGUCAGUGCUCCCUUUGAGCCACUUCUUUUCUUAGUAAAAUCCAUAUCAUACAAACAAUAUUUUGAGUCAUUGGUGUACGGGGCAGUGCUCUUCAAAUCAACCUGCCUUACGUUAGAGUGGACAUUGGUCUCUGGAAGAGCUCAGUGACACAGAUGAGGAAUGUUUGCCAAAGGUAGAUGUCAGAAAACAACAAUCUUCUCUAUCAGAUUGUUUGGUCUGUUACAGAAAAAAAUAUAACGUAGAACAUUAUGUAUUUGCAUGCACACACAGACACUCAAGCUGUUUACCUGUUUUCUGUACAGUCAUAAAGGCUUUUUGCCUUGUCUUUGUUACAGUCAGCUCAUAAUGAUGGUCAGAAUAAGGUCACGUGAGUGCUUUUAUUAGUACGUUUUUCAACACUGGAUGUUGAGUUUAAUGCCGAAUUCAAAUUCAGACAAAGACCUUCACCUGUAUGUUACCUGUGAAACUGAUUUUUUUUUUUUAAUAUUGUAUACAGAUACAAUAUAUUGCACAUUGUCAUCUGCAAGUCCUUUUAUGUUUCUCACUCAUCAAUAAACCAGUACAUUGUUUUGUCUAAAUGUAUUCCUAACAUGUUUUAUAACACCUGACGUGUACAUUUUGGCUAAAGUUCUGUGAUCUGUGGAAAUCUUUUUAUUUGACUUAUGCUUUAUAUACCUGCAAUCUGUCAUGUGACUUAUCUUUUUUUUUGGAAAUAGUUCUGCAUUUGAAUUAUUGGCAUGAAUGUAGAAAUUAAAUGGUGCUCAGCAGCUUUGACAUCAAGCGACUAAACUGAAAAUUAGGCAACAGGACCCACCAUGAAGGCUGUAUGAAGCCACAACCUUCAGAAACACUUUUUGACCAAGUUGUAUGUUUGAAAUCUGGAGAUGUGGGUGCCAAGCAGUUCACACUGUUGGCACUUCCAAUAAACCAUCCAUUGAACGCCA